UUAUUUCUUGCAGACAAAGCCUCCUGGGCAAUCAAUCACCCAGUGCAUUCAUGACAUUCUGAACAUUUCAAGGGAGUGAUGGCAGGAGCAGCGCGACUGAACCUGAGUAUCCCAGAUCUGGGAAGUAACGCGUUGUACCAGGUGGGGGUUAGUCAGAGGAGCCCCUACGCUGUUGAGACACCCUAUGGUUUCCAGUUAGAUUUGGACUUCCUUAAAUACGUUGAUGAUAUUCAGAGUGGCAAUACCUUGAAGAAGUUAAUUCACAGGAGGCCAAAGGUCAAACCAUCCUCAAGCAACAAAGCCUGGAGCGGUCAGAGCAGCGGGUGGACCUCCACCGAGUCGCUGUCUUCCACAACCAGUGAGGACAUCCAAGGUUCAGCCACAACACCAAAAGCAAGGAGUCAGCAAGGCGGGUGUGAGAACCAGGAACCUAUAACAGCAGUGUCACCACUGCCAGACAAGCAUCUGCUGCCGCCUCCGUCCCCCGGAUUUCUGCGCAACCUUCGUGUGGAGAGGACAUUGCUGGAGACCAGCCGGAGGCUGCAGCACCAACACCUGAGUACUGAAGACUGUCAGAGGAUAAAGAUGCUGAGCACUGCACCCAGACCAGCCGGCACUUCGAGUGGCCACAGACAGCUGUCCCCCAGCAUGUAUCACCACACCUUCCUGGGAAAUGGCGAGUCACAUGCCCACUCCAGUCCAGCCUUCUUCACAUUCAGCCCAUUGAGUUCAGGAAGAAGCUCUCCAGUCCCCAGCAUCACCCCAGCCCACCUGCAGCACAUCCGGCAGCACAUGGCAGCAGGCCUGAGGAGGCUGAAGGAGUUGGAGGAACAGGUGAAAGGCAUCCCGCAGCUGGAGAGGAAACUGAGUGCGGUGGAGGAGGAGAAGCGGCAGCUGUUGUCGGAGCUAAAGCAGAGGAAGGUUUGUGACUGCGGGCAAGCCCUCGGCUUCCGCCAGCGCUCCUACAGUACCAGCAACCUCUCUGGGGAGAGCUCCCAGGGCAGCACUGUGCCAGCACAUGUCAACAACAUAAAGAGGACAAGUAAAAUCAGAGAACUCAGACAACUGACUGAGAAGCUGGCGACUCUGGAAAGACAUGGAAAAGGUGGCAAAGUCAGAGCUGUUUCCAAUGUGACACACAGGUCAGUGAGUGUGGGCGGUGAGGAGCAGAUGGACCAGGUUGUGUUCUAUUACAAGUCAAACAGGCCUUGUUGGGAUGUAGCGGUUGGAGCUGAGCUGGAGGUGAGAGAUGCCAGCGUUGGGGUUGUGGAAUCCUCGCUGGGACUGACCACAGAAGCACAGGAGGAAAUAGAAUUUUUACAACAAAUUAUUGACCGACAAAAAGACAAUAUGUCCAUGAUGGAGACAGAGCUGGAGGAGAGCAGUAAUGAACUGCAUACAUUCAGGCUAAAGGUAGCAGCUUUCACCUCCAGAAAGAUGCUGGAUGUAGGAGUGAUGGUCCAGCCCACAGUGGCUGACGCCAGUCUGGAAGCCAGGGUUUCUGUAGUCAGUCGAGCAGUGGGUGGUGAUGACUGCAUCACAGAUGGCUCUGUGGAUUGUGGUCUGCAAAGCAAAGCAGUCAAUUGUGUCUCGCACGUAACAGAGGUUUCAGUUGAUCAAGAUUCUCCUAUUAUGGUAAAGGAGGAGGCUGCACACAGAGUGCGUGGUGAGAGCACCUCCAAGGCCUCACUUAGAAACGAGGCGGCCAGAGAUGUGUUGCCGAGUGUUUGUAGAGAUAGGGAGAUGGGUGCAAGUCUCAGAGAGCAAGGAGCAGCCUGCAGCCCGACUUUAGAAUUAAGAGACUGUGACUCCAAGCAAAUCAAUAAGGACAGUGUGACCGUGGAGAAUCAGAUCGUAGUCAAGUUCUACAGCUCAUCUCAACAACUUGUAUGUGGGGGAGGGGCAAAUACUGAAGAGAAGAGAUCGGAUCAGGAUCAGACCGGCACUGCCAAGAGGACAGAGGCUGGCGGCCCCAAAGGAGUGUUGAAAUCCAUCAUGAAAAAGAAUAACGGGUCGUGCAGAGAGUCCAACGGCACCAGAAAAAAUCUGCAGUUUGUUGGUCUAAAUAGAGAAUACGAGAGCAGCUCGAGUGAGGAGCUGAGCGAUGCCGAGACCCCCGCUGACAGCUCAGACAGCUCGGGGGAGGAGACCACCGAGGAGAAACAGCGGCUAAUAACACAGCGGAGAGAAGAGCAGACUGUGGAUGAAGAGGAGGUGAAAGAGAAAUUUGAGCUGAGUCUGAAGAUGAGGGAAGUUUGUCUGAUCUUGAAGAACCAUUUCAAUGACCAAAGUCCAGCAACAACAAGCAAAGAAGUGAUCCCCAGUUUAAACUUGCUGCAGCAUGAAUGGUUCCGAAUCUCCAGCCAAAAGUCGGCCUGCCCUGACACUGUGGCCGGUUACCUAAUGGCAUUCUCAGAGAUGUCUCCGGCAGUCCUGAGGCACGUGGUUAACCUGUGUGACGGCAACGGCAACACAGCCCUGCACUACUGCGUGUCUCACUCCAACUUCCAGACGGCCAAACUCCUGCUGAACACCGGUGAGUGAAUUGAGCCAAACCCCUGCUAAACACUGCCUCACAAUGUUGUCAGAUCUGAUCAUCUCUGUCGCUGCUUCA